AACCGGGCCAGAGAAUGGCUUCACAACAUGACUUCCUGCUCGAGAUUCGAGGCGUUGACAGAUUUAAAAGGGAAUGGAGCGUAGCGUUGGCUUUUUGGAGAAACACCAUUUUUGUUCUCCAACAAAUUCACAGACAGUGAUAGAUAUCAUACAUUCCCCUUGCUUCCACCCUUUUUCCUUGACCAGACAACUGCAAAUCAACGAUUGCAUCACGGUUGCAUCUUUUCACAUUCCCAAUUCUUUGAAAAAGGCAAGCUCUAGAUUUUUAUUGGAACCGUCAAUCAUAGCGUAGGUAGGCAAGAUCUCGCCAGUGGGCAAACAUACCUGAACCGGCUUAAUAUUCCAUCUUUUCAAGCAACACCGAGAAGCCUACCAAAACACUCUCACACAGAGACUUGGCGAGUCAAUUUCACCAUGAUCAUCAUAUCAAGGCAAACAGCCCUCGCCGCAUUCAUCCUAGCCCUCGUCACAAGGGAUGCCGUGACAGCUUUGCCGACGGGCAUCCCAAAAGCCCUAGCAACGACGGAGCCGCACGCCAGCGGAGGGCACAAUCCCCAAAUUGAGCGCCGCGAGGUGGCCCUGCCGGCCGAAAAGCCCCAAGACCCCGACGCAGCAGCGCCCAGCCCCGCCGCCCUCGACAAGCGGGCCGGGAACGAGGGGCUGAUCAGGCAGAUGGCGCUCGACGCGGGCCGGUACCACGCGGCCAACGACCGGGCCGCCGCCAACCGGGCCGCCGCCAAGGAGCGCACCGCCAAGAAGCAGCAGGUGCGCGUCGCGCAGGCCGCGCAGGGGGUCAAGGCGGCGCCGCCUCAGCAGCUGCCGCUGGGCGCGGCGGGCAACCUGCCGCAGCCUGCGAGGGCCGGAGCGGCCGGCCUGCCUCCGCCGUCCGCGCCGCAGCUGCCGCAGAGCUACGGCGCUGGCGCGUCGUCCCGCGGCCAGACGGCCCCCGUGGCUCCUCCCGUUCAGCAACCGCCUCCCCUGGAGAAGCUGGCACCGCUGCGCAAUCCGAUGCGGCCUCGGCCCCUGGCGCCGGUGGAACCGCCUUUCCAAUUGGGGUUGAGCAAACCGCCGCAGACGGGCGGGGGGAGCGGCAAUGAUCUGAGAGCUUACAAGAUAGUCGAUUAGUCUCGCGGGUAGUGGUUGAUUUUGGAUGGGUAGGUUAUUGUAUCGUGAUUUAUUAGAAAAAUUCAAAAGUGAC